CUUAAAUUUAAAUGGAAGAGAAGGAGAAGACCAAUAAAAGGUCUAAAAGGAAAAAGAAGAAGGAUAAGAAUACAAAAAGUCAAGAGAAUUAUUUCAAAACUAUUAGAGCUAUAGUGGAGGGGAAGACAGUCACAAUCAUAAUGUUUUUAAACACCUUAUUUGCUCUUGUAGGCGAUGACAUUCGCCUAUGGCUAUUCACUAAAGAUUUCGACUUGUAUUUCAAUAUAUUGUUUGCUAUAAGUCUAUUACUCUUUGUGCUUGAACUUCUGUUCAACUCUUUGAUCAGAUCAAUUUACGCAGAACCAAUCUUCUUCUAUCUGGACAUCAUAGCUACUUUAAGUUUAGUUCCUGAUGUAGAAUGGCUAAUGUUACUUCUCACAAUUUGAAUUGACAGACCACCUGAAGCUGAAAGCAAUGACAUAGCUCUAGGCUCAGUUGUCAGCUCCUCAGCUGCCAGUGGAAGAGCUCAAAGAUUGAUCAAAUCAAUCCGUCUAAUCAGACUUAUUCGGAUCAUCAAACUUUACAAAUAUGCUGUGAAAUCAAAUACUGAAGAAGAGGAGGCAAAACUUAGAGAACAAAAGAAAUUGUCCCAAACUGCCCAGCAAGCUGCCUUGAAGAGAGAAAUCGAACCCAGUCGUCUUGGAAAAGUAAUGUCUGACACUAUCAUCAGAAAAGUGAUCAUUGGGAUCCUAAUCAUGCUAAUGGUACUUCCUCUCAUUACUUAUGCUGGAAUUGAUUACACCAUGGAGUAUGGCUUAGACAAAAUAUUCUGGUUUGGAAGAAGCAACUGUAACAUUAUCGGAGGUGACUUCUACUGCACUCGAGAUAACUGGCUAACUCAAGAUGGCUGGAAUGAAAUUCUCUACUUCUUCUCAGACAGCACUAAAAUCAACGAAAAUGAUAAUAAAGCAACUAAUUUACUCUGGCUCUACGCUCCUGAUUACUCUCAAAAUGGAAAAAUGGCUGAAAUCACAUCAAUUCAAAGAAAUGACGAGCAAGUCUGGAAGCAAAAUGAUGAAUGUGCUGGAUUCAAAAUUUCAAAUAAAAAUUGAAAAUACCGCACUGAUGAACUUGAAGUUGUCAGCUUUAUACCUCAAAUAUGACAAAAGGAGUGGAAAGAUGACUGCAAAUAUUUGGUUUCAUAUGCAAGAUAUUCUAUUAGAGAUGCUGUGGUGAAUGAGGCUAUUUUACAAUUUGCUACAACAGUCUUUACAUGCCUUAUUAUUUCUGUAGCAAGUCUUCUUUUCGCAAGUGACACUCAAAAUAUCAUUGUAAAGCCUAUAACAAAAGUUGUGAAGAUCAUCCUGAGAUUUGUUGAUGACCCACUUCAACAGCCUGAUCCUCCAAAUACCUUCGAAGAUGACUUAAAAGAUUCUACUUCUAAGUACUUAAAGACCACAGAACUGGAGAAAAUAAUUUAUCGGAUUGGAACUUUGCUUCAAAUGUCCUUUGGGCAUCUUGGUGCAAACAUCAUCAGGGAAAAUGUUGUACUACUUGCAACCACAAAGAACGACAACUCCUUGGAGAUCAUGAAGGCUGGGAGAAGGAUUGAUGCUAUCUUCAUGGUCUGUAGCAUAAAUUAUUAUAGCUCUAUCCUAGAAACUCUUAAGGAGAAUUCAGUUGUCUACAUCAACAAAGUUGCCAAGAUCGUUCAUCAAUGAGUUCACCAAUGGGAUGGGUCAAUCAACAGGAAUGAUGGGGAAUAUUAUCUACUCACAUGGAAGCUUCCAAAUAUAGAAGGAGGAGAGCAUGAGAAAAACCAGACCUUACAGAAAAUGAAGACUGAGCUUGCUGAUAAAUCCCUCAUCGCUGCUGUGAAGGUCAUCGCUGAGCUUAGGAGAUCCAGCGAACUUAUUCCUUACUAUCGAAACCCGAACCUAACCAAUGCGAUUGGUAGGAACAUAGACUCUUGAGUCUCCUUUGCUAUUCACCAAGGGUCUACUAUCGAAGGAGCUAUUGGCUCAGAAUACAAAAUAGAUGCUUGUUACUUGUCUCCUCAGAUUGCUGUGACUUAUAGGAUUCAGAGAUUAUGAAAACAUUAUGAUAUGCCGAUCUUGAUCACAGAGAAUCUCUAUAACUUAAUGUCCCUGAAAGCGAGAUACACUCUAAGAAAGAUUGAUGUGAUUGUAAUGAAGGAAAGUCAAGACCCAAAAGGAAUAUUUUCUUUCGAUGUGAGUUACACUAGUCUUGAUAACACUGAGAAUAUUCCUGAAGAUCACCAGACUGGAGAGCUUAUCAAACUAGAGCAAUACGCUAAUAUUAAUAUUGAAGGAUUUAAAGAUCAAGGGGUUGAUUACAUGUUUACGCUAGAUAAUGAUGUCGUAGAGUCUCAGUCAAAUAUUCAAGAAUUCAAUCCUAUUUUUAGACAAUUAUUCAAAUGCUACAUUGCUGGUGAAUGGGGAGAUGCAUUUGAGUGCAUCCAAAGAUGCCUAGAAUGUUGGGAAGAUGAUGGACCAACCAAGGCAAUCCAGUUUUAUCUCUCAGCUUUCCAAUAUCAACAGCCCAACCAAUGGAAUGGUUAUAGAAAUAUUGAAGAUGAUCUGAACAAGAUCUAUAGAAGUAGGAUCAGAGCUCAACAGCUUGAUGAACAAAGUCAGGAAGAUUCUAAGAACCAAAAGAACGAGCAUGUAUCCCAUGGAAGACUCUCCGUCCUACACAGAGAAGCUUCCAUGGAAGAGUCUAAGGAGAAUCGGAGCGCCUACAAUAGAAAUGAGCAAAGCACUGAUUUUAUAGGACUAGAUUCCAAGACAGGGACCAUUAAUUCAAAUAUCACAGAUGUCAACUAA